GCACUUGAAUGCAGCUUGGAUUCAGUUGCGCAUUUCACGGACCACUGUUGACUGUCGGAUACCUGUUGCUGCGCAGUCAAACUUCUGACAAAAGAUUUGUCUAUUUAGAACUUUACAUUUGGACAUAAAGAACGAUGGCUGCUGCAUUAAGUCUGCGUGCCCUCACCUGCUACUCAAAACCAGGCACAUUUGGACAUGGCUUUGGUCCCAUGCGGCCUUUCAGUCUCAGUGUGGUGAGAGAGGGAUAUAAAUAUGUAAAUGCUAAGGAACUUCCAACUGACCUGGCAUCUAUCACAGACCGGGCUGCCACAACUCUCCUUUGGACUGAACUCUUUAGAGGUUUGGCGAUGACCAUGAGUUACCUGUUUCGUGAACCUGCCACUAUCAACUACCCUUUUGAAAAGGGCCCUCUAUCACCCCGCUUCCGUGGAGAACAUGCCCUCCGCCGCUACCCAAAUGGAGAGGAACGCUGCAUUGCCUGUAAACUGUGUGAGGCCAUCUGUCCUGCACAAGCUAUCACCAUUGAAGCUGAGACUCGAGCUGAUGGCAGUAGGAGAACUACACGUUAUGACAUCGAUAUGACCAAAUGUAUCUACUGUGGCUUCUGCCAGGAAGCCUGUCCUGUUGAUGCUAUUGUUGAGGGUCCAAACUUCGAGUUCUCCACAGAGACACAUGAGGAAUUACUCUACAACAAGGAGAAGCUGCUCAACAAUGGAGACCAAUGGGAACCUGAGAUAGCAGCCAACAUACAGGCAGACUACCUGUACAGAUAGGGUCAUUGUUGAACAGAACAUAUCUGAAAAUGUUUUACCCUGUCAUGCAGUGAUGACAUUACUUUUUAGCUUCAGAAAUAUUCCACUGAGUUACAAAUAAGGACUGAAGCUUCACAGCCACUGAUUCUGUUCAGUCAGGAGUUGCACUAAAAUAUAUAAACGCACAAUUAUAUGCCAUGUUUUGUGAAAACUUUAAAAUGUUUAGAGAAAAUAUUUUACAACCACUAUACGCACAAUUUAUGUACUUUUUUCUAUUGCACUUUAUAAACAAAUUGUAUAUGACUAUAAUCAGGACCUUUCUGAAGCGUAUUAUGUUAUAUAGGCUGAUGAAGAUACUGAAAUAAAGCAUUCCAAAACCUACCUGUUA